AUGUCUGGAAUUCAAGCACUAAUAUCAAAGUUUGAGACUAACAAUACCCCUAAUGGAGGUAUUCAGAGGGGAUCACUGAACAGAGGAAUUUCUAAACUUGUAGUUAAUCCACAUCCCGAUAUUAAUAAGUAUAUCGAGAAAUCAAACAUUGAGGAUUCCCCUCUUAAGAGAUCCACUGCCACUAUCCUAAAGGAUCCAAAGCUUGCCAAGAUUGAAAAGAGUCUAGGAAGAGAGAAUAAAACUGAAUCCAGGCUACCAAGUUCUAAGAAUUCAACUAUUAACAAUCAAGCCCCUUUAUUUACUGGAAGAAGAAUUUCCAAAGUUCCAAGUAAUGAAGGAGAUAGUAUCCAAGGAUUUGAAAUAAUCCUGGAUUCAAAAUCUAAAAGGAUUCAGAACUCAUCUACAAAUGUUCCAAAAGAAGAUAAAAGUCAAUCAAAGAGUUCAGCAAAUUCUAAGAAAGAAAUUCUCAGCCAGUUUGACAGAAACGAAAAUAAUUCAAUUGAAGAGAAAGAGAAAGAAGAGAAGAGAAACCAAGUAAAUGGAGGAAAUGAGAAUGCUGAAGCAAGACAUCCAUCAAGAGAACCAACACAACCAACAGUAAUUCCACUUUCUCCCAGUAAGUUUCACAGAAAGCAACCUUCAGGAUCCUCUCUUAUUUCACAUAUAUCCAAUAGAGAUUCUCCCAAUCCGGGAUAUAAUAAUGGACUCGGGUUUAAGCACAAUGCUACUCUUCCCAUUAGUGACAUCAACAAUUCCGUUACAUUCAACUACAAGGACGAAGAAAUGGAAGGUAUAUCUAAAGAAAUGGAUUCAUUUAUUUCAAAUACUGAUAUAAAUGAUGAAAUAGAAAGUUCGAUUAACCUUGAGACUAUUGAUGUCGUACCCGAGGAUACUGAUGAAGAAAAUCCAGAAGAGAUAUUCGAGUAUCCAAAAAGGAAUUCUAAAAGAUCUAUUGGUUUAGACCCUAGUAAAAAGUCUAUAAGAAGUGUGAAUAAUGAAUCAGCAAACACUUCCAGGCUUACUACUGAUGUGGAAUCACAAUUAAGUUACAAAGCUUUAGAAACAUCAACCCCAUACGGAUCUCCAAAGAAAGCUCAUGAUAUAUUUGAUUCUGGUGCUGGAGCACACAGUACUCCAGUAACACCUCCUAUUGAGACAUCUUCUGAUCAAUUAAACGACAAGAAUAAGAAAAAGAAGAUACCGCUAUAUGAAAACCAGAAUACUUUAUCGUCACCUAUAAUAUUUAGCAGAGAAGAAGAAAAAGCAUCGAGCAGCGAGACGGUUGCGAAAAAUAUUCAACCGGAUUUGUCUGUUACAGCGGCUGCGAAUAGAAAUCAGACUUCUCCCCACCAUAAAUAUAUAACCAAGAUUGAAGAUACUAUCGAAAAUUCCCAUAUUGCUCCUAAAAGACCAGGUCGAGCAAUAACCAAUCCUUCUUUAGGUAAGUUCGAUAAACGUUUUAAAAGUAUCAAAAGGAUAUUUGUUAAGAAAGAAACUCCACAACUAAUCAACGUUAACGAUAUUCGCCAUUCACCCAUAAAUCAACCUGAAACUUUGUUCAAAGCUAAUGAUAACGUAAACGGCAUGAAUAAAAAUCAUCAAAUGCCGCCCAAAUCUUCAAGCUUAACAAAUAUGGAAUCUACCAUCAGUUUUAUUCCAGGCAGACCAGCUCCUUCACCAACCCCAACACCAAAUCAAUCACCUAGCUACACCGUUAAGAGUGAGUUAGAAACUAUUCCUAGAACAAGAAUACACUCCGAGUCACCAGCAAGAGAAGAAAUACUUUCAAGAAAGAGUUCUGCUCAAAUAUCAAUGUCGAAAUUAAAUGAUGUACCCGAAGAGGGGAGCAGUAAAGGAUACUCAGUUGAUAUAACCAUUAAAGAUCCCAAUAAGCAAAAGAGGGUAACAUUGUUUGAAAAUGCUUACAUUGUUAAUGAAAUUGAAAACAACUUAAUAAAGGAAAAUAAAAACAAGAAUAGAGAUACUUUGAUUUCUAAUAAUACUGAAGAUGCUUCUCCCGUUUAUCGAUUAUUUUUAAGUAACGUAGAUGGCAAGAUCACUGCAACUAGUAUUUAUCCCAAACGUAAUAGUGUUGACGUUGCAAUUCAAACAGGAGAUGAUUUCAUUCCUAAUGAAACUAUUUUAAAUGGUAAGAAGAGGUAUUAUAGUACUAAUACAGAGGGUCCCUUGGCUUAUAGAUUACAUAAAAAAGGAUAUGGUAAAGACAUAAAUGGUACCACAAGGGAUUUGGCUUUAAGAACAGACAAAUAUUGGAAUCGGUUUAUGAGGUGUAAUUCACAGGAGAAUUUCUUGAAAUUCUUUGAAGAAUUCUUGGAUGAGAGAUUUACACCGAGAGAACUAUAA